AAGAAAUGGAAAAUGAUAUUGAUUUAAUUGAACUUGUUCUUAAAAGGGUACCUACGCGAAUUAGGCCUCGUUACUUAUGUAAGUAUUAUAAUUUUAAAAAAACUUCUAUUUUAAAAUAUAUUUCAUUCUAUAAUUCCCAAUAAAAUCAUUCCUUUCACCUUUGCAUCCACGAGCAAAGAGAAACUAAUCGAUUACUGGAUCUUCCUUUGGUUGUAAAGAACAACGGCGUUAUUUUUCUAUUUACAGAUGUUUAGCCGUUCGUCUUUUAUAAACUCUACGGAAUCUCGCAAUACCGGGAUGAAAGCCCUAGUUAGUUACACCCAUAGACUAAUCAUAGACCGAAUCAAACUCGCUAAGAAAUUUAAUGAUUAAAAGUAACCGUAAUCCACAGAAAAUUAAAUAAUGAUUAAAGAAAUCCCUUACCUUAAAUAUAAUUUAAAAUUCUUUUUUAUAUUAUGUUGAAGAAAUACACUUUUUUCUAUUAAAUUUGUCUUGGUAGAAAGAUAAUAAACUGCAAUUUGUUUUGUUUGUACCUAAACUAAUAAUUCGGACAAGAUUCGGACCAAAUAAAAAAGAAGUUUUUUUAAACAAUACUGAAAUGGAAUAAAGAAUAUUAUUCCAUCAUUCAACCAUUUAGAUGGCCGUGAUUAGCGGUUAUUAAAAUAUUAAGAAUCCAUUGAAGUGCUAAAUACCCACGUAAACUUCCAUUUCUUUCUGUUUUUAAUAAGUUUAGUUUGGAAUAAAUUUAAAAUCUAAUUGGAAUUAAAUCUGAUAUUUGUAAUGCUUCUUGUGAAAUGAAAUGGAACUUUUUUUAUGGCUGCGGAUUCCCUUGUUUUGACGACUUGACGACUGACGUUCUCAAUUUCCAACCAAAUAUCGUGUGUAGCCUAGUGUGAAGGUAUAAACGUUUAACAAGUACGACAAGCAUUGUUUGGUGUUCGUUAUUUAACUGUGAAUUAAGGUUGCAAAUCUGGAAAUUUUACGAGUGAAUCGCGAGGACGCCGAGAUGACGUCCGUUGCAAGAAGAGAGCAUGAUGAUUCCGGCGAAUAUUCGGAUGCAUCGCAGGAUAUCGAUCACAAUAACUCAGGAAACGAUGUGGAACAGCCUGAAUCCGAUUAUGAUUCGCAAGGGAGUGAUUCCGAGAGAUCUGAUAGAGACCAUGAGAGUCAGGAGACCGAGCGCAGGGUAGAUGACGAUGAGGAUCGCAGUAAUCCUCAGUAUAUUCCAAAAAGGGGAACUUUUUACGAACACGAUGAUAGAACUGCUGCCAGCGGUGAAGAAUCGAGUAACACGACUUCAGAGACUGCCUCUGAGAAGAAGGAGGGUAGUGAAACGCCAGCGGAACGCCGCCGGGCGCCACGCAAGUCUGACAUCAUCAACAAAUGGUCCCACGACAAGUACAAUGAGAAUGAACAGAUGCCGAAAUCUCGUGAUGAAUUAGUCGCAAUAUACGGAUAUGACAUUAGGAACGAAGAUGCUCCACCCCAUGCGCGUCGUAACAGGAGAUAUGGACGUGGUCCUACUAAAUACACGCGAACCUGGGAAGACGAGGAGGCGUAUAAGAGGCAGACGGCUGCGCAACCGCAGCCGCGCAAACCACCUAAUCCUGACGAGUUCCCUGAAUUGGAAGCUAGCAAGAAGCCUAGCGGUAGAACACGUGCACGCGCUCCUCGACCACGUUCCAAAUCUCAGCCCCCAUCGAAUGAGUCCCUCGAGAAUGGCUCUAAUCAACUGCGAAGAAACGCUUCUAUCAAGACAAAUAAAGGUAAAAAUGAAAGGCCUGCGAAGGCGAAUGUCGUUAAGAACGCUGUUAAACAGUCUCCUAGACCGUCGCCGAAGGACAAAAUGCCGCCGCUCGAAAAUCUUACCAUAACUACAUCGAUUAAUAACAACCAAGGUCAGCCCCAAAGGAAGGUGAAUGCUACGGUCGCUCAGCAACGUCCAGUGCCCACUGAACAGGCGAAGCGGAAACCUCAACAACAGCCGCAACAAUCCAACAAUGUAGCACCGAACAAAUCGCCGCCGCAACAAUCGCAACAGCAACAGCAACCGCAACAGAACCAAUCGCAACCGCAACAAGCCGCAGCCGCCGGUGCGGAAGCCCGUGGUAGUAAACGUUAUAGUAGCUUACGCCAGCGACCACUCGUUGAAACGUACUCUCCUCAACAACAACAACAACAACAACAACAGCCGCAACAGCAGCAACAACAGCAGCAACAACAACAACAGCAACAACAGCAGAUAAGAUACACUGAUAUUGAUUUGCGUGUGGGUGUUGAUGGCACAGAGUACGCGACGAACGCGCCGCCGCCGGCGCCACACCAGGGCAGUCCCGUGCCGCAGAUGCACCCGCCACAGAUUAUGCACCAGCAAGUGCACCGCGCGGGGGUGCCGCCGCAGCACGGGCCUUCGCCCCCGCACCAACAGCUGCCGCAACCGCAGCAUUCGCAACAGGUUAGGUUAGGACUUCUCGAGCAGCAGCAGCUUGUAUCUCACCCGCACCCGCUUCAUAAUAUGCCACAACCACACACUAUAGGACAAUUACAAGCAACACAAGGUUAUGCACCACCAGCUAUGAUGCCAGCACAAUAUAUGCAGCAAACAAGACCUAUGGCCCCGAAGCAUGAACAGUCGAGAGGGAUCAUACAGAACUAUAUUCCACAGGGACCCGCCACAGAUCUCCUGGUUUGUUUAUAUCCUCAACUUCUGGCUACAAGAAGAACGGGAAGAGACGAGUCAAGGUUCAAGGCUCUUCUCCCUCACUAUCACGAACAUCAUGCUAUCUGGGUGGCGACGCAAGCCGGUGGUGUAACAUAUUACAACUGUGCUGAACAGGAGCAACAGCCACGAGCACAGCGGAGGCCUACAGCCGCCAUACCUAUAGUCAGACCUGCCGCACCAGAGAGGGCAGCGAAUUCAACAGAGAAGGACAACAUCGACAGAAUUGUGGAGAAUAUGUUCGUGAGGAAACCGUGGCCGGCACAUGGAGGUGAUUCCAAAGAUAAACCUCAAGAGAACAGAAACUCCCAAGAGCCUCAAAGUAAAGACUCAUCACAGCCCAACAGUUUGACAUCCAGUUCAAUAUCGACCGAUUCGAAGCCAUCAGAGACUAAAGAGGACAGAACCGAAGAGAGAGUUGUAGAAGAGAGCAGAGACGAGAAAGAGAUACAAGACAGUGUCACAGAGCCGCUGGUCGCUCAAGAGACUAUACAUACCGAUGCCUGA